UAGAGAAAAUGAGGUAUUUGUCUGUAAACAUACCAACUUCAUUCAUUACAUUUGCCAAUCAUAAAAGUGUAAUAUUUGAAAACUAUUUCUAUUUUAGAUCCUUGCACUUCAUGAGAAUUCCCCAGUAUGUGUGAUGAUUGCUUAGAUGUGAAGCAAAAAUAGAAAACGUACAUGAUGCAUAGGAAAAAAGGUUUAACGUGGGAUGUGGUAAUGUUUGACAGCGUGUCGGAUGGGGCUUCCGAGGGUAAGAGUUCCAAGAACCUGACUUUCAGGAGGCCCCGCAUUCAGCCUCUUCUCAGACUCUGAGCGUGACUCUCUCUCCUUUCCCCUCCUUGUGCACAAUCUGGUAAGAGCUACGUAUUGGUCCUUAUUCUCAUCACAAUUCCAAAACUAGUAACGUUAUAGAAUGUCAGGGGCGAGCUGUUGUCUUCCGAGUGGUUUCGCCUCGUUGUCGAUCCGUGGCAGUUCUCCCUGGUUCACUGAAGUCGGUGACAGUCCUGGGUCCUUCACACGAAGUGGGCAGAGUCUGCGGCGUUGGGGAAUCAAGGCACAACAGCAGUGCAGGUGUGUGCGCCUGGCCAAAACGUGUAUCGGCACAUACGUGUGCCCUGUGUAAAAUGCUACUUUGUGUGGUAAAGCGUAAUCCCCCCACCCACUGACAUUUUGAAACCAGCUUAAGGAAAGAAAUAUAUAUGCUUUCAGGAACAUUUGUAAGGGAGUUCCCAAGAGUCCUCAAUUAACCACACAUUCACACUAGGCAAACGUUUUUUCAAGCAAGGAAGGAAACACUUUCCUAGAAUGAGUAAAAGCUAACUUUUGAAAACAAUUUUUAGACCAUCUAUCUUAAAUCUCUCUUUUAUGUAUUAUUUAUAUUCUAUUUCUCAUUUUCAUUAACUGUUUAAAAAUCUGUAGCCAAUGCCAGAGUCCUCGAAGACUCUGUGUGUCUGUGCACACUGAGGAUUUUGCUUUUGUAGCUCUGGUCUGCAUCUCUCCCUUAGGGCACUGCUCUCCUGCAGGCCCACACACGUUUCACAGAGAAACGCAGCAGUGAAAUUCAGACUUAGGGUUUGCCCCUUGUUGACAGCUCUAUGGAAGGUUCCGGGUGAGAAGAAGUUCAAAUAAUUUCAUCGGGUGAAACUUAUUACUCAUGCUUUGCUUAAUCUCUUUCACCAAAGAAAUAAAAUAAUUUUUAUAUGGCCUUGGAAACUGAUAUCACUAAUAAACUGUAAUUGGAACUAUAUUGUAUUUAUGGAGUCAGUUUUCAUACCCAAAUUUAAAGAGUCAUAGUACCACAACUGUUCUAUGUUACUUCAUCUCUCAGCUGAUGAUAAAUUUACAUGGCUGCAUUUCUUGGGGUGUUUUUUUUUAAGUUACUUAACUAGUCUUGUAUACUUCUCGAUAUAAAUCCUGGAAUCAACAAGAAUAUUAGAUGUGACUUCAUUUGGGGAAACAGAUUUAAAAAUUUAUUGGGCUUUUUCUAGGAUAAUAGCAUUUUAUGAUUUUAGUUAUUUCUUCCUCAUAUGCGAGUUCUUUGGAUGAAAAAUAAAAAUAAGCAAGAUUCAGAACUGUGUCAGUGAAUGUCUCAAGGCACUUUUAUAGGACCUUAAAUUCCUACUUCACUCAAAGAAGCAGUAACACCCUGAUCUACUGUGAGGCAGAGAAUAGGGUGAGGGAGGGUAUUAUCGACUCUGGACAGAGUCAUUAUCCUGAUAACUUAUUAUUCACUUAUAAAAACUGGCCGUAUGGGUUGCAUACUCUGGUCUGUUCAUCUGUUCAUUAUUUCCACUUGUCCUUUGAUUCCCUUGAAAGUAGGACACUGAAACAGUUCAGUAAUUCAUGGCAUGGCUCAUAUUCAUAAGACAUCACAAAGACUUUGUGUUCCCUUUCCCUCUAAACUGUUCUUGUUUGAAUACUUACGUUAACCGAUAGGCUCAAUCCACAGAUCACAUGUUGACUGGUGGGAAUUACCUGUGUUAGAUUUUAAAGACACAUGUUAAAAUAGCCUUUGUGAUUUGGGAGACUGGGCCAGAGCUCUUCAGUUAUGAAAAUUGCAUGCAACAGACGUUGCUCCCCAAUAAAGCUGAAAGUGACAAAUCCUACCUCAAGUUUUAGGUACCUGACAGAUGGCUGGAAGCUCAAUGAAAUGUAUAUGAUCCCAUUUCUGGGGCAGAAACUCUGAAUGAGUCUUUGAGCCAUGAAUUCUGCAGUGCUUAUUUUUAAAGCUAUGGUACUAGACAAUGACAAAGGAUAAAUAGAAGAAACGAUUAUUUUGAAAGGGAGAGGAAGGACUUUGAUAAAGUCAAAUGUCACUCAAGAUCUUCAGUGAUGAUUAUGUUUAUCUUUUAGCUCCUGGCAAUUUAUUGGUUAGUGUUUCUGAACAAUUGAAGGUUGUCCCUCCCUGAGCUACCAACAGGGACAGCCUGCCUGGAUCGUCACAUUUUUUUCUGUGUUUUUGUAUCAAGCAGUGUUAUUUGAAAAUAGUUGAGUUGCUUCAGGGAAGAUAGAUUGGCAGAAAGUCAAAAUGGUAUAAUCAUGGAGCAAGUUACCAAAGACCAGGAAAUUACUGUUAAAAUAUAAAAUGUGUUUUGAUAUAUAUUAAAACAACAAUAGCAGAACUGAAAGAGUAAAAUAAAUCACUUAGGAUGAACCAUUUUUAGGCUUUCAUGGUGCCUAUAAAUUUUCUAUAUGCAUAUGAUGACCUCGAAUAGCCAGAUAUUUCUCAAGCAAAAUGUGUUUAUUUGGAACAACAAAAUUGCAAUUUUGGACAUGAAGUCUAAUGGUGAUCUAUGUGCAAGCCCAGAGAACAAAAGCAAGAGACUAUUAUUUUAUGGGGGGCAGGGGCGGAGGACGUUCAGAAGGACUGUCUAAGCAGAGAGUCCAUUGGAGGAAACCAGGAGUUUGCUGUGUAUUAGCUGAGUUGUAACAGUCUUUCAUUGGCUGAGUGGUAGCCAGCCAUGGAGAAGAUUCUCCUCCUUCUUCCCUCCCGCUGGAGUAUUAGAGUAGUUACAACAUUCCUAUUAGAGAUCGAAGGUACCUCUCCUCCUAGUUGGGGUAAUUGACAAGCAGCAGGAUGUGAGAGCUCCCCCUAUAGGCCAACUCCAGUUUAAAUGAGGUUUCUGCUUAUUUAUCUGUACACAUACAUGAUUUUAUAUAAUUGUAAUCAUACCAUAGUUAUCCAUUUUAUGGUUUUUUAUGUGACAUGACCAUGCUGUUAUAUAAUCUGCAAUGAUUAUUUUUGGUGUCUUCAUAAUUAUUAAAUAGGUCAUCCACCUUUGAUGCCUGUAAGGAAAUUUUUUAAAAGAGAUAAUAGCAUACACUCAUACAUCAGGUACUGAUGGUCCUUCCAGUGCAAGGUUUUGCAUCUUCACUUCUGUUUUUCAGCUACCGGUCUUGGGGGAGCCUGUCUCCAGAUUCUGACUGGCAGCAUGAUCCACCAAACUCGGACUCUUGCCCAACGCCUGCUCCUUGCACCUUUCUCUAAAACUUGCAAUCCCCUUUAAAAUGUAAACCCAGCUGGAUAGUCAGAACUUCAACAUUAUCAACUAAAACUUUAAUUUUUAGUUAAACCCUUAGACGGGAUUGUUGGCUACAGAAUAAGAGCAAGGUGGAGCUGCAGGAAUGGGCAUUUGCCACAGAGGAAGAGAGGUGGUAGGAGAGGGGAUGGACAGAGGAGGCCGGUCAUCACACAUGGCUUGUGUGGGCUACAUCUGUUCACCUGUGCAGCUCUCCCUAAAUGGGGGAGGAGGUUCUGCUGUGGAAGUUGACACACCUGAGCCCUGAGCCCUGGGCAGUGAGGUGGUAAUCUGCAGAUCACAAACCUUGAGCUCACCUGCUGUGCCCUCUCUGUUCUCAUCUGCUCACUGCAGUGGAGAGGGUGUGCUAAUCAUGUCCCCAGUAGGACUGAGUUUCCACUCCAGGAAAAAGGUCGCCCUGCCCUAGUUCCUGUUUUUAGUCAUUUGUUCAGAGGAAACAAAGUACCAUUUUUCAUCAGCCAUGCUUGUUGUGAAGGAAAGUAAAAAGCUAAUAAGUGUUUUUGGUUCAUGUCAUAAUGAACCAUUAAAAUCUGCCUAAAAGUCAUAGACUUAAAUUUUUAUUAUCCUUUUUAACUGAUCAUAAUGAAGAUUAUCAAGAAUGACAGUGCUUUAAAAGAAAAAGCAUCCAACCAAUUGACAAAAGGCAAUGUGGUUUCAGAAGCAUCCCCCUAACGGCUUGUGUGUAAUAGUUGGAAAAAUACAAAAUAACAGUUCUUUUUUAACUCUAGAAAAUAGUAUGUCUGCAUGUACACAUUCUGUGGAGUACCUGCUGUGUACUUCGAGGCAACACAGAUGAAUGGAAGCUGUCCUUGUACUCACAGAGCUUAAAGCCUAGUGGAGAACUGGUUGUGUAAACACACAACUGUGUGCAGGAGAAUGCUCUAAAAAAGGCAUGGACCCGUGUAAAACCCAUGAGAGAUCCAAGAGAAAAAAAUACUUAUGUUUGCAGGAGAAAGUCAGGCGAACUUGACUAGAGAGGUGACUUUAGAGCUCACACUCGAAAGAUGAGCAGAAGUUUCCUAGGCAGAGGAUGUGGAAUAGGAACAGGGAACAGGCUGUGCAAAGGCAAUGAGGUGUGGCCGAGCUGCUGUGUCUGGGGAUCUUACGUACUUCAGUAUUUCUGACAAGCACAUAUUUUAUUAUUAUUGGAGCAUAAACCACAAAGGGGACAUGUGUCCAAGGAUAAGGCUGGAGAGAUAACAAGGGACUACAUCAUAAAGUGUUCUCUUCAAAGAGGUUUGGAUUUUCCUAUGAAAAACCUCUCAUACUUCAUUGUGCAUAGAUAUGUUGGGCACUUUGGUAGAAUGCAAGUCCCUGGGCGUUACUCCUCCAAAUGCUGAAUCAUUGGGUCUGAGAAACCUCCCAUAAUCUGCACUUGUAACAAGCACUCCAGAUAAAUCAGGGAUGGUAGGAUGGAAACCACACCUGAAGAAAUGUUGCGGGCACAGCGGGGUGCCAUGAACUGUGUUUCAUGGGAGAGUAAAGUGAUUGUCCAGCGUGCACGCAUUGGAGCUGGGCAGCUUUGGAAGAACAGUUUGGAGUGGGGGCUGGCAGGGUAUUGUAUUAAUCCAGGUGCAAGGUCACGAAGGCCAUGACUGGGGCGUGGCCAGCUGAAAAAAUGUCCCCAAAUUUACUUUUCUCCCAUUUUCUAAUUUUCCAACUUAGUGUGUUUUUUUCUGCCACUUUUAAGUGAGAUUUGCUCUAUUCUCUUCAGUUUUCUAUGCCUGCUGAGUGAAUGUUGUCUGGCCUUGUUUUAUUAGCAUUCUUUAUAAUUCUAUAGGUAGCUCAUUUAGCAAGAGCCACCUAUAGAGAUGAUUCUUAUUUCACGUUAGUAGAUAUUAAUUCAUCACCUACUUGCUACUUUAGAGGAUGACAUGACUGGCUGUUAUCAUAACACUUAAUAAAGGGAGUAACUUUUUAAAAAGUUUUUGGUAGCGAUUGAUAUGGUUGUUAUCUAUGACAUGUAUGACAAUACAUUGGUUCAAGGAACAUUUCUCUGCUUGGUACCAGAAACUUGGUCUUUGCCUUUCAGUCUUACUGUCUAGCUAAAUAAAAAUAGUAAAGUUUAAAUUUUCUAGCCUCGUGGAAAAUAACAAGAUUGUGUAUUUCGGGAGAGGUGAUCCCAAAUUAUAGCUAAUAUAAUUUUUUGAAAUUAAGGGUUUUUUUUUUACUGUGUACAUAUUUGGCUGAUAUUAAAAGUGAGCUUUUCUAAAGUAUAUGAUUCUGAGCAACGAAAGAAGAGAGCUUUCACGCACAGGACAAUGGAGCAAAGCAGGCCUGAAAUCCAAAACUUCUCGGGUGGAACACACAGCCAGACCAGCCUGUAAAUACUAAUAUAUACAUUCAACCAAAAACUAACCACUGCAUGGAUUUAUAACCCAGUCAGCUUUAAAAAUACCUAUUUGCUUAGUUGUCAUAAACAGGUAAGAAUUUAUGUAUAGAAAGCAGAUAUUUUUUUCAUUCUUUUAUGUUAUAAAAUUCCCAGGAGUUGAAAAGACUUCUUUUAAAGUGAUUUGAGUAUUUAUUUCUAAGGUUUGGAUAGUUUGUACACAUGCAUUUUAUUUUGUUUGUCAAAAAAUAUCAAUCAAGUUUUAUAGCAAUGAGUAAAAGUAUGUGUUCUUAAGUGUGUAAAUCCUUCAAAGUAUUCUAAAAUCGUCGGGAACGUGAACUCUCAGGUCAUGAUAAAAAGACUCUGUCAAAUGUGUGGCUUCUGGAAAUCAGGGUUUUCAAACCUAAUUAAAAAUAAUAUAGAUUCAUAAAAAAUAAAAAAAUUAUAAGGAGAAAUAAAAUUAGCCAUGAUCCCACACUUAUAGAUAUUCACUAAAAAUACUUUGUUUAGUUCUAACUUUUGUAUUUAUAUAUAUUAUAUUUUAAACAAUUUAUACCAUAGAAGUGCUCCAUUUUUUUAAACAUAUUUCAGAAGCAUUUACCACUGUUUAGAUAAUUUUCAAAACGUCAUUUUCAUUUCCUAUGACUGCUGUAACAAGUUACAACAAAACAAGUUGUUUAAAACAACGUAUUUUUUUACUCUCUUAGAGUUCUAGAGAUCAGAAGUCUCCAGCUUUCCUGGCCUAAAAGUCAGGGUAUGAGCUCCUUCCAGGUCUGGAGUGGCGUUUCCUGUGGCCCCUGGCGCAGGCCCGCACAGGCAGCAGGCUGCUUCAGUGUCACCUUGCCUCCUUCUCUUGUCCAGUCUUCCUCCGCUUCCCUCUUAUGAACAUGCUUAUGAUUACACCUAGGGCCCACCCAGAGGAGCUAGGAGAGUCCCCUUGUCUCCAGACCCUUAAUUUAAUCACAUCUGCAAGAUUUCUGUUGGCAUGUAAGAUAACAUAUUCACAGGUUGCAGGGAUUAGAAUCUGGAUGUCUUUAGAAUCUAUUAGUCUGUCUACCACAGUGGUCUUUAUUACCUUUAAAGACCAUGAAAGUGGUCUUUAAUUUCCACACGCAUACAUUUUUGUGCACAAACUUGAUUAUAUUUGUAUACCUCCUUGGAUACCAAUUUAUCACAUAUAUGUAAUAUGUACUUGUAUGUGUAUUACAUGUAGAUGUAUGUAUGCACACAACACAUUCAUAUGUAUGUGUGUGUUUUUAUUUUCCAGAUCGGUUUCCAGAAAGUUGGUAGAAUGAACUUGUCUCCUUGCCUCUCAUUAGCAUUAUUUUCUUUUCUUAAUCUUUGCCAGUUAAAUGGGUAAAAAAAAAAUCUGAUUGAUGUUUUAAUUGUAUUUCUAUGAAAAUUAGCUAGAGUGAACUUUUUUAUGCCUAAUGUCUAUAUAGUCUCCUAUAAAUUGAUAUUUAAGUUUUUUAUAUAAAAAUGACAUAAUAGAUUUAGAUACUAAAGCUUGCCCGAGAAUUCUGUGGCUAAACCUUCUGAUUACUUCAGAAGCCACAGUUUCCAGCUCUGUCUGUGGUGCGCCCUCCAUGGUACAUGGAUAGAAACUCUCACUUCUUACUUUAACAGUAUAAUUUUUUGUAACCUAAGAUGUCUGACCUGGAAAAAUGUCCAAGAAAAGAAGAACUGAUAAAUUAACCUUAAUCCUAUAUUACAGAAAGGUCUUUGUGUCAGUUACCACAGGGCUAAAUAUAACUACACUGACCCACUUACACCAAAUUGGUACUUCUUAUAAUUGUACUGUUAAUUCAUGCUCAGGCACUGGAUGGCAAAUGAGGAUCUUAGAUCCCAGCUUCUGAAUCAAGAAAUACCAUGUCCUUGAAGUUAACUCCAGACAGAGGCCUAGGCAGUGAUUAGUGACUGAAGGUCAGUGUUACAAUAAAAAAGACAUUCGGUAUUCCUUACAAACUACUUACACACACAUAUACAUGCGUACAUACAGCUAUAUGUGUGCGGUUUAUAUUUUCUGAGAUUUAGAAAUUUGAGACACUAGACCUGCCUCACAGGUAUACCAUAUAUAGAUAAUGGAACGGACUCAUGAAACUCUAAGAGGAAUAGACAGAAAACUCUUGCAAAAACAUAGAUGUGUCUUCCAGACCUAACUUUGCUAUCGAGUAUCUUUCCAACCCUGAGCAGAGCCUUCCUCUCUUGCCUGAGCAUUCAUCCUAAUAGUUGUAUUGAGGACUUAAAGAUGAAGGAAGUACAGCCCCCGUGCUCAAGGGUCUCUCCCUCUAAGGCAGCCAGAUCUGCAAACCAAGGGAUUUGGAGUUGAUAGACUAGGGGGAUGCUUUCCUGCAGGAGCAGAGCCCAGUGGAGGAAAAGCUAACCCAGUGGGGACUGGGAGGCUCACAGAAAGGCGUGUAGAGUAAAUGGCCACGAGUUUGUCUUAAAGCAAGAUAGAAGUUGGCCUUCCACUUAUCAGAUGAGGGUGCUGAUCUCCAGACCUUGCUCUGGGCUCCAUAAUUGGAUUAUUUAGCUCUAUUAGAGGCCAGGGCUCAGUGUGCUUAAUUGAUGGGUCCUUCAGACAUCUGGCUUAGAUGGAAAGAAUCAUUCAUCUAUGGUUGUCUCCCAUCGCCUCCUUCCUACUGGAUGACCCCUCUGGCCCUGUGAGGAUGAUACAGUUUUUCUGUCCAUUUCCUCUUCCAGGGGGUGGAACUCUGUCAGACUAAGCUUUGGGUCUUCUCCCGGGACCUUCCCCUGCUUGAAAGUCAGAGGUUAGAGUGCCAGAGCAGUCUGCUUGCACAGUGAUGAUGAAACCCUCCCUGGCCCUAUGUGCUGGGCGGCCGUCACGCGUGUUCAAUGCCACUUCUCUACCACACAAGCCAAGGAGCCAGCACUUUGGGAGAAAAAUGCGUCAUUUCCCAUCUCUGUCUGUUAUCUGCUCUUGGAUUUUGUGGACCUGUUAUUUGCUACAUUUUCCGAGCUUCUGAUUCUGUUGGGAUCCAUGGAAUAUCUGAGGGAAACGUUACAUUCUCCUUCUAUUUUGGCCCAUCCUUUGCCUGUCCUUUCCUGUCUUGGACCUUUACCCUUCAACCGGCGUUUGGGGAUUAUACAGUUCUCUGUUGAACCUACCAAGAAACAGAAAUCAUUUUUUACUGUUCCCUUUUUUAAUUAUACAAUUUAGAAAUCAUAACCUAAGUUGUAAUGCUAUUUAAAAAUAUUUUUAAUAUUCCAAGGAUGAUCUAUCCUUACUUCUUAUCCAUUUCUUGGUUUCCGACAUUCAGAUCUACCCCUACAAGUUAGUUUUUAUUUAUCUCCUUAUCUUCCCUUGUACUUUAGUAAUGUGAGCAAAACUAAAAAGUGUUUAACACCACCAGAAGAGUUUUCAUUCCACCCGCUCCCACUGGUGCAACUUGCUUCACAUUCCUAGCCCAGUCUUUAAACUUGAUUUUUCAGAAUGUGCAGUGAUUACAAGAAUUGUCAUUUAAGCGGGGCAGUUUGGUAUUUGUGUUCCUACUCUUAAAAUCUCGAGACAGCAUUUGGAAGGUGACCACAGUAGACCUGUGGGUGUGGAUAGCCUUGGGGAGGUAGUCACAUCUGGGUGCUCUGAAGAUGCGGUGGAUAGAAGUCAAAGUUAACUUAUAGCAGAAUCCUCAGACAAAGCGAAAAUUAGAGUGUGUUUGGAAACUCAAUAUAAACCCCGCUUUCUUUAAUGUUUCUCAUUGGACAUGCUCUUGUGACCAGAGGGUUAGUGUUGGGAGCUGCAGCUUCCCAGGCCUCACAUCUAUACCGGUAUACAGUGUCCCACAGUGUCUAAGUUCAAGGCAAAGCUCCGGGGAUAUUUAAGUCUGUUCUGUGUAGGAAGGAGGAAAACCCUGCCGAGUGAACAUGGGGCAGAGGGUGAGGAGUAGAGAGGAAAACUGAAGUCAGUAAAAAGGACCUGGAUAUUUUUUAUAUGUGAGAGGGGAGUAAAUAGUGAAGAGUUUGAUCAUUUCUGAAAUACACAUUGAGUCCUAAGCUAGUAUUUUAGUAGCAUGCAAGCUUAUUUUCCAAUCUUAUAUACCUUUCUCAUAAAACAGUGUCAGAUAAUAGCAUCCUGAUUAAAUGAAUGAGCAUCCUGUAUCACAAAGCUUGUUCAUUGCUGUGUAGGCUUAGUUGUUGUGUAAUAAGUAGAAAAUCCUGCCGAGUCUCUGUAUAUUGACCUAGAUGAGACUUAAGAGUUUCCAAUAAUCUCAAUUCCCUCUUAGUUCUGUAGCCAGAGUUUUACCACAAUUGCAACUAAACUAUACGCUAGUUUCUGCCAGUGUAAUGAUUUUAUCUGUAGGAAAAUGUCAGUUGUUCUGACAAUUUUAAUUCUUGUGUUUACUGACUGCAUUACCUUCUGAAUCAUAGGUUCCCAAAUCAAGUCAAACAGGUUAGAAGACAAGUUACAAUUUAGUGUCACGCCUACUCUUAUCUUAAAUGAGUGUGGGAAUGUAUCAGCCACUUUCACUGUAUUAACUAGUUCAUUUCUGGGUCCUCAUUACUUUACCCAUUUUUAUUUUUUUCAUUUUGGAUACAACCCAAACUCUCCCAAGACUUUUAAGUGUAAAAAUCAUACAAAGUUAUAUAGUUAAAAAUACUCACAUCCUGCCCUGGCUGGUGUAGCUCAGCGGAUUGAGUGCAGGCCUGUGAACCAAACAACUGAGGUUCGAUUCCCAGUCAGGGCACAUGCCUCAGUUGCAGGCCAGUUCCCAGCAGGGGACACACGAGAGGCAACCAUACAUUGAUAUUUCUCUCCCUCUCUCCUUCCCUUCCCCUCUAAAAAUAAAUAAAUAAAAUCUUUAAAAAAAAGUCUCUAAAAAAAAAUACUCACGUCCUUACCCAUCCCUUGGAAAAUCUGCACAAUGGAUUCCCCAAAAUGUCCAGAGUGGAGAUAGUAAGUACAUCUGCUGACCACAGGCCAGGAUAUUCACCAUUCAACCAAGAGAAAAAAUGAAUACUUUCUGUCAUUGAUUUAUCCAUGUUAGCUGUUGUCAUCUUAAUGGGUGCUGCCCAGAUGAAUGGGCUUUUCUAGAAGUUCCUUAGUACAAGAUCUGGGAUGUACAGAGUCAUCAGGUCUUGAAUCCAUUGAGAACCCGAGUCUCACCCACUGCGUCUCCUUCCGUCACUGCUUUCUGCACAAACACCCAUAUAGGAAGUCCUCUCUUGUUGUUUCACCCAUCUUCAUCUUUGGGUCCAAAAAUUCUUCCACAAAAUAGUUACUUCACUACUCAGCAACCUCUGUCCCUUGUUCCCUAAACUUUCUCUUCCCCACUUUCAACAGAGUUCCUUCAGCCCAUAAUUCAUAUAGCACACUUUCAGGUCCCCUUUUACCAUCUCGAUUGUUUUUCUUUGGGAAGCCUCUAGUAUGUAAUUACCCUUCUAAACUGGGAUACAUAAAAAUGAGCACAAAAGUCAUUUCCUGGGCUUACCAUUGGAGAUGGGGGGUGGGAGGAUUCAAAGAGAGUUUCCCUUGGAUUUGUGACAUUUCUUAGAGCCACGUGAAGACUGAAGAAUGGACGCUAGCACAUCUGUUUCCAGUUAUAGAAUGUACAUAAAAGUGAGUCAAUAAGAGAAUGUCUUUAGAAUUUAAAAAUAUCUUCAUGGGGUUCUUAAGAAUUUGAGAUUGUUUGAGAAAGUCAACUGACCUAUAGUACCAAUAAUCUGGAGGCAUUUAAAGAGAAAAAAAUAGAUACAUGAACAUCUGAAGCAUCAGUAUUUCCAAAAGCACUUAUUAAAUGGUUGUAUAAAUCAGGAACUGUCAGAAUUUGGAAAGAUAAAGAUCAAUAAAACAUCAUUUUACCCCUGAGGAACUCACAGACUAAUAAGGGAAGAGAGCAGUAAACAGUUAUAAUUCAGUGUGACAAGCAGCUUGGUAGAGGAAUGUUCAAGUCACCAUAAAAAUACGGGGCGUGGUGUGGGUUGGCCUCAUCCCAGUCUUCCAUCUCUUAGCACAUUAUUCCUUUAGCUUCGGCGAUGUUUAUGUGAAGUGUGUUCUAGAUUCUGCUUGAAGGGGCUUAUGUAUAUCCUCGCAUUUACAUAGGCCAGCCUCUUAGAGGUUGGCACUAUCCUCGACCCCAUAAAAAGGGGGAAAAUGGGCAGAGGGUAAGUGAUUUGCCUAAGGUCUCAGUGAUGAUUGGGUCCAGAAUUCAAACCCAAGAUUUUUGCUCUUAACCAAUGCCCUUCGCCACCAUACUCAGGCAGAGCUUUUCUCUAGAUUAGUGGUUCUCAACCAGGGGUAAUUUUGUUGCCUCUCCGGCCCCAGCAGCAUUUGGCAAUGUCUGGAGACAUUUUUGAUCGUCAAAACUGACACCUAGCAUGGAGGUCUUGGAUGCUGCUGAACAUCCUCUGAUGCCCAAGACAGCUCUCACAGAACUUCCCAGCCUAAAAUGUCAGUAGUGCUGAGGUUGGGAAACUCGGCUCUGGAACGUGGGCACUACCUUUGUGUCAGCCCUUAAAAUAAACUUUUAAAAUACACAAAAACAUUCCUACUAUGGAGAGAAGGCUUAGUAUGGGGGAAAAAUAGUGGACCAAGCCCAAAAGUAUCUGGUAAAGUGUAUUUUAUGUCUUGUAAAAUUGAGAAAAUAUUGGCUUCUUUGUCUAACUUUGUGGACUUCAAGGAUCUUCGGUAGGGAUUUGAGGAGCUGAUAAUGCACAAGACAGCCCUGCACGAGAGUGUUACCCUCAUCCUUCAAGUCCCUGAGGCAGAAAUACUUUUCUGUCAAUCACAAGAGUUAGAUACCCUUGAUCCCAAAGAGAACUCCUGUCCCUUGUUUCCCCUCCUCCUUGUCAGCUGAAGGUGUCCCCGUCCCCUUCUUGCAACCCUCUUAUUUCUUUUGGUCCGCAGGCCCCUGCUCAGUCCAUUGAGCCACACCAGCCAGGGCUUAACCCUCUUAUUUCUGUCAGCAAAUUUCUGUUUGUUCCCAGUACUUCCUGGGUGAACUGAGCCGUUUUUUACAAGUUAUUUUUGCUUAAUUAAAAAAAAAUAUUAGUGUCUCUUGCCAUAUUGCAUCAGAUUUAAGACAACUAGUUUAAAUUCCAUUUUUUCUUUAUAUGCGUUUACAUAAGCAUUGGUCAGUUUCAGGAUCUACUGGGAAACGUGCUCUUCUUCAAAAUGAGUGACAAUGACAUUAAUUCAACCUCCUCUUCAUUCCUUCCAUUCAAACUCCAAGGCACUUGGAAGGAAAAUAAUUCUAGCAUUUGUUAAAUAAAUGCAGGUAGUGUCUUUAAUCAUGGUCGCUGAGUAUUUUCUAAAUAAGGCCUUGCCGUUUGAAGCCAAACAGGUGUGCUCUGUGGCAAUUCAUCAAAUGCAUGUAACUCAUAAAUUUAGUUUACCAGGGUGAGCGUCGCAGCCCACAGCGUGAUUUCCCUGCCCAGCACCCAGCGUCUUGGCGGGGCAGGACUGACUUCCUCGUGGUGUCUCAACGGUGAUCCAUUCCGCCGUGAGUCACGGGUUAGCCAUCAGGUGUGCGCUGCGCACUUCACCCCUUCGCUCUGGGAGCGGCGGCUGGUUUAUUUAUUUAUUUAUUUGGGGGGAAUGAUCCAUUUGGGGCUUUGGGCCGGGGGUGCCGCCGAGGUGGAAGAUGCUCCAGUGUCCCGGCUCCUCGGGCUUGGUUCCCCUGGCCCCUGCCCAGGUCGCAGCGCGCCCCCGUUCCCAUGAGGCUGCCCCCGUUCCGUGAGGCCGCGCUCCUCCGGGGGGUGUCGGGCUGGGGGAGGCCCCGCUCCCCGCCCCCACCCCCCCAGCCCGCGCCCGUUCAGUGCGGGGCUGGGAGGCGACACAAAGGUGUCCCGCGCAAGUCCGCCAACAGGCCAGUUUUGUAAAAGUGCUUUUACGUUUCCCUUUCUUGGGGGAGGGGGAGCAGAAGAGGAGCUUUUUCAGGGAAAUUCUUUUCCUUGUAUGUAGAUACCAAAAGGAAACUCAGCACUGGGCAUGUUCGGAUGUUGAAUGGUUUGCUGAUAGGCAAGAGCCUCCCGGAACCAGAGACUUAAAAUAGUCGUCGCCCCCACCCCCCGGAGCCGCGAAUGGUAUCUGCCCAGGAGAUGACAAAGUGCCACGGCCGGAUCGCACGCAGACGGCGUUGGAGCAGAGCGCGCGGCCCAACUCUUGUGAUUACUGUUUGGGGCUGGCAGGUUCUGGCAGGGGCCGGCCGGGAGAGGGCCGACCCGGGAGGAAACGAGUUCCCCGGACCCCGAGGGAUGGCUGUGUGCUGACGAGAGGCUGGGACGGGUGCUUCUCACACCUCCUCCAAGUUGUUCUCCAGAUCCCAGUUCGCAGCACGCCUCCUCUGCAGGGAGUGCGUAGAUAAUCGGGAUCCUUUCCCCCACUGCUCUCCGUUUUGGUCGUUUGGCCUUGAACCCGCAGUGAAUUGAAGAGAGAAAGGAAUGGAUAUGUCUGACCCCAAUUUUUGGACUGUGCUUUCAAACUUUACUUUGCCUCAUUUGAGGAGUGGGAACAGGCUGCGGCGAACACAAAGCUGCCGAACGAGCAACCGGAAAAGCUUGAUAGGCAAUGGACAGUCCUCAGCACUUCCUCGUCCACAUUCCCCUCUCUCGGCCCAUGCAGGCAACAGCCCUCAAGAUAGCCCAAGAAAUUUCUCCCCCAGUGCCUCAGCCCAUUUUUCAUUUGCACGGAGGACUGAUGGACGCCGCUGGUCCUUGGCUUCCCUCCCGUCCUCUGGCUAUGGGACAAACACGCCCAGCUCCACCGUGUCUUCAUCCUGUUCCUCCCAGGAGAAGUUGCAUCAGUUACCAUACCAACCAACGCCAGAUGAAUUACACUUCUUAUCGAAACAUUUUUGUACGACCGAGAGCAUCGCUGCAGAGAACAGAUGCAGGAACUCGCCCAUGCGCCCCCGUUCCCGAAGUCUGAGCCCCGGCCGUUCUCCCACCUGCUGUGACCAUGAAAUAAUUAUGAUGAACCAUGUCUACAAAGAAAGGUUCCCCAAGGCGACAGCUCAGAUGGAAGAACGUCUGAAGGACAUCAUCACCAGCUACUCUCCUGACCACGUUCUUCCCCUCGCCGACGGGGUGCUGAGUUUCACCCACCAUCAGAUUAUUGAACUGGCUCGAGAUUGCUUGGAUAAAUCCCACCAGGGUCUCAUCACCUCACGAUACUUCCUUGAAUUACAGCACAAAUUAGAUAAGUUGCUACAGGAGGCUCACGAUCGUUCAGAAAGUGGCGAACUGGCUUUCAUUAAGCAACUAGUCCGAAAGAUCCUGAUCGUCAUUGCCCGCCCUGCUCGGCUACUGGAGUGCCUGGAAUUUGAUCCUGAAGAAUUUUACUACCUAUUGGAAGCAGCAGAGGGCCAUGCAAAAGAAGGACAGGGUAUUAAAACUGACAUUCCCAGGUACAUCAUUAGCCAGCUGGGGCUCAACAAGGAUCCUCUGGAAGAAAUGGCUCAGUUGGGAAACUACAAUAGCGGGACAGCGGAGACGCCAGAAACAGAUGAAUCAGCGAGUAGCUCUAAUGCUUCCCUGAAACUUCGAAGGAAACCUCGUGAAAGUGAUUUUGAAACAAUUAAAUUGAUUAGCAAUGGAGCCUAUGGGGCAGUCUACUUUGUUCGGCAUAAGGAAUCCCGGCAGAGGUUUGCCAUGAAGAAGAUUAACAAGCAGAACCUCAUCCUCCGAAACCAGAUCCAGCAGGCCUUUGUGGAACGGGAUAUCCUGACUUUUGCAGAGAACCCCUUUGUGGUCAGCAUGUACUGCUCCUUUGAAACAAGGCGCCACCUGUGCAUGGUCAUGGAAUAUGUAGAAGGGGGUGACUGUGCUACCUUAAUGAAGAACAUGGGUCCUCUCCCUGUUGAUAUGGCCAGGAUGUACUUUGCUGAGACAGUCCUGGCCUUGGAAUAUCUGCAUAAUUAUGGGAUUGUGCACAGGGAUUUGAAACCAGACAAUUUGUUGGUCACCUCCAUGGGGCACAUAAAGCUGACAGAUUUUGGAUUAUCCAAGGUGGGACUAAUGAGCAUGACUACCAAUCUUUAUGAGGGUCACAUUGAGAAGGAUGCCCGAGAAUUCCUAGACAAACAGGUGUGCGGCACGCCCGAAUACAUUGCACCAGAAGUGAUUCUGAGGCAGGGCUACGGGAAGCCUGUGGACUGGUGGGCCAUGGGGAUUAUCCUCUAUGAGUUUCUGGUUGGAUGCGUGCCAUUCUUUGGGGACACUCCAGAAGAGCUAUUUGGACAAGUCAUCAGUGAUGAGAUCAACUGGCCUGAGAAGGACGAGGCGCCACCACCCGAUGCCCAGGACCUGAUCACCUUGCUUCUGCGGCAGAAUCCUCUGGAGAGACUGGGGACAGGUGGUGCAUACGAAGUCAAACAGCACCGAUUCUUCCGUUCUUUGGACUGGAACAGUUUGCUGAGACAGAAGGCAGAAUUUAUUCCCCAACUGGAAUCUGAAGAUGACACAAGUUAUUUUGAUACUCGGUCAGAGAAGUAUCAUCACAUGGAGACUGAGGAAGAAGAUGACACCAAUGAUGAAGACUUUAACGUGGAAAUCAGGCAGUUUUCCUCGUGUUCACAUAGGUUCUCAAAGGUUUUCAGCAGCAGAGAUCCCAUAACUCAGAACCCAGGAGAAGGGAAGGAAGACCCCGGGGACAAAACCAGAAGCACAACUCUACCAUCCACGGAGACAUUGAGCUGGAGCUCGGAAUAUUCUGAGAUGCAACAGUUAUCCACAUCCAACUCUUCAGAUACUGAAAGCAACAGACGUAAACUCAGUUCUGGCCUGCUUCCCAAGCUGGCUGUUUCAGCAGAGGCAGAAGCCCCUCCCUGCCCCGGGGACCUCCGAGAGGAACCAGAAAAGCCGGCCCUGCCUCCUGCUGAGUGUGCUCAGGAGGAGCCUGAGGUCACCACCCCAGCCAGCACCAUCAGCAGCUCCACCCUGUCAGUUGGCAGUUUUUCAGAGCACUUGGAUCAGAUAAAUGGACGGAGCGAGUGUGUGGACAGUACAGAUAACUCCUCAAAGCCAUCCAGUGAACCCGCUUCUCACAUGGCUCGGCAGCGCUUAGAAAGCACAGAGAAAAAGAAAAUCUCGGGGAAAGUCACAAAGUCCCUUUCUGCCAGUGCCCUGUCCCUCAUGAUCCCAGGAGACAUGUUCACUGUUUCUCCACUGGGAAGUCCAAUGUCACCCCACUCCCUGUCCUCGGACCCUUCUUCUUCACGGGACUCCUCUCCCAGCCGAGACUCCUCAGCGGCCUCUGCCAGUCCCCAUCAGCCUGUGGUCAUCCACAGCUCAGGGAAGAACUACGGCUUCACCAUCCGAGCCAUCCGGGUGUACGUGGGUGACAGUGACAUCUACACGGUGCACCACAUCGUUUGGAAUGUGGAAGAAGGAAGUCCAGCAUGCCAGGCGGGCCUGAAGGCUGGGGAUCUGAUCACACACGUCAAUGGAGAACCAGUGCAUGGCCUCGUCCACACGGAAGUAAUAGAGCUCUUGCUAAAGAGUGGGAAUAAGGUGUCAAUCACUACUACCCCGUUUGAAAACACAUCAAUCAAAACGGGACCGGCCCGGAGAAACAGCUAUAAGAGCCGGAUGGUGAGGCGGAGCAAGAAGUCUAAGAAGAAGGAAAGUCUAGAAAGGAGGAGAUCCCUUUUCAAAAAACUGGCUAAGCAGCCUUCUCCGUUACUCCACACCAGCCGAAGUUUCUCCUGCUUGAACCGAUCGCUGUCAUCUGGGGAGAGCCUCCCGGGGUCCCCCACUCACAGCUUGUCUCCCCGAUCUCCCACACCCAGCUAUCGUUCCACCCCCGACUUCCCAUCUGGUACUAACUCCUCCCAGAGCAGCUCCCCAAGUUCUAGUGCCCCCAACUCCCCCGCGGGGUCAGGACACAUCCGGCCCAGCACUCUCCACGGCCUGGCCCCCAAGCUCAGUGGACAGCGAUACCGGUCCGGAAGGCGUAAGUCAGCCGGCAGCAUCCCGCUCUCCCCACUGGCCCGCACACCCUCUCCAACUCCACAGCCCACCUCGCCACAGCGGUCUCCGUCACCUCUGUUGGGACAUUCACUUGGCAAUUCCAAGAUUGCUCAAGCCUUCCCCAGCAAAAUGCACUCCCCUCCCACCAUCGUCAGACACAUCGUGAGGCCCAAGAGCGCCGAGCCCCCGCGGUCCCCGCUGCUCAAACGCGUGCAGUCGGAGGAGAAGCUGUCUCCCUCCUAUGGCAGUGAUAAGAAGCACCUGUGUUCACGCAAGCACAGCCUGGAGGUGACCCAGGAGGAGGUACAGCGGGAGCAGUCCCAGCGGGAAGUGACCUUGCAGAGCCUGGAGGAGAACACGUGUGACACGCCUGCCCUCAGCCGGGCCAGGCCCGUGGAACAAGGCUGCCUGAAACGCCCCUUCUCCCGGAAGCUGGGGAGGCAGGAGUCUGUGGACGAGCUGGACCGUGAGAAGCUGAAGACCAAGGUGGUGGUGAAGAAACCAGACGGCUUCCCAGAGAAGCAAGAACCCCACCAGAAAUCCCACGGACUUGGGAGUGAUUUGGAAAACCAUUCCACUUUGAGGCUGGAAGAGAGAGAGAAGAAAAAAUAUCCAAAGUCUUUAGAAAGGUCAACUCAUUUUGAAAACAAAGCAGCCGUGCCAGAGACGCAGUCCCUGGGCAGCCUGCUGAAGGAUGCCCUGCACAAGCAGGCCAGCGUGCGGGCUAGCGAGGCCGUGACCUCGGACGGGGCAGCAGCCGGCUGUGGCCAGGCACCCGGGGACCACAGCCAGGGCACCUGUGACUUCAAACGAGCCUCUGCUCCCAGCUCCCUUCAAGAUGGUCUCUGUCACCCCACUGACAGGUCCGCCCCUGGAAAGGGUGACCACAUGGAGAAGGCUCCCCAGGCCAAGGAGUGUCUCCGCUGUGACAAGUUAGACAACAAGCUGGCCAACAUCGAUUACCUCCGAAAGAAAAUGUCCCUUGAAGACAAAGAUGAAAAUCUCUGUCCUGUGCUCAAGCCCAAGAUGACAUCUAGUGCCCAUGAAUGCCUACCAGGGAACCCGGCCUGGCCCGUGGGCGGGCAGCAGGAGACUCCGCCGGCCUCUGAGAGCCGAGGGUUCAUGAGCAGUGCCCAUACAACUCAGAUGAGUGGUGUGUCUUUCGUCCCUCUCAAGGCCUUAGCUGCCCGGGUGGACGGGGGCACAGAGAAGCCAGGCUUGAUUGCUCCUGAGUCACCGGUUCGGAAAAGCCCUUCAGAGUACAAGCUGGAAGGCAGGUCUGUGUCGUGCCUGAAGCCAAUCGAGGGCACUUUGGACAUUGCUCUCCUGUCUGGACCUCAGGCCUCUAAGACCGAGCCGCCCUCCCCAGCGCCUGCACAGAGCCCCAGCCUGGGCAGUGAUCUGAGGCCUUCUGCACCACCGGCUCUUCCCAGAAGUGGGGGAAAGAAGGGCGAUGCCACUGGUCAGAGGGAGCCUUCCCCUGCUGGCUUCAAAAUGAGCAAAUCCUACCUGCUUGAGCCUCGGUUCCCGCCACCCAGCCGGGGUCUCCAGAGUUCACCAGCAGCUCCCCUGCCUGACCCAGAGGUAAAGCAGGACAGGAAAGUUUCCCAUGUCACCAGGAGCCCAGUGACAGUCACAGAAAACAAUCCCCAGCGGAGAGAGGGCGGCCCCAGCAAACACCAAGAUCCCAGCCCUGACACAAAACACUUGCUCUUGCCCGGGCAGAGCCUGCAGAGCCCCGACCCACCCAGGGCAUGUGGCCCACUCCCCACCGGAGGUGUCCCCUCAAGGGAAAAGCUGAGGGGAAGGGAGUCGUCUGCAAGGGGCCCUUCCACAGGCAGAAUGGAGCCGCCUGCUGCGAGGGCUGACGUCCACAGAGACCCCUCCAUGGAGCUGUGUCCUCCAGAAGCUACUAAAAGCAGUGACAACUCCAAAAAUGCCCCCUGUGUGGGAAGGACUCGCCCAGACCUCCACACACAGACCCAGGCUGUGGAGAGAGCAUGGGGGCCUUCCGGGAAAGCAAACCACGGAGAUGGCCGAGAUGAGGCAGGGCCGCUGGCCAGGGAAGACCCCCCUUUGCACUCCGUGGGCACUGCUUGUGGGAGGGGGCCAGGCAUGGGAAGGAGUGGUAUGGAACCCAAGUCCGAAGCCUUUCCCGCCGCUCGGUCUCUGCAGCCACCGGAGAGUGGGAAGAGUGAAAAGCUCUGCAGUUUCCCUUCUUUGCAGAAAGAUGGUCCCAAGGAACCAGAAAGAAAAGAACAGCUGCAGCAGCAUCUCAGCAGUGGCUCUCAGCCCUCACCCAUUACCAAAGAACUGCCCUGCCUGGCCACUCAGCAGCCCUGCAGCUCUCCCAGCCAGUCUUUAGGCAGAGAGCCAGGGAGCAAGCCCUGUGUCCCAGAGCCCAGCCUGGGCCUCCAGGACCCGCCCAAGCCCCCUGCUGUGCACGGUGAAGGCAGCAGCCACAAGCCCAGGCCUGGCCCUGAGCCCAGCCCUCCGAAGUCCAAGCCCCCAGACAAGACCGUCUCCUCCCAGAAACCCACUGUUGGAGCUGCGCUUGUCAGAGAGCCUGGCACACAGUCCCCUGGUGGCCCCAGCCGAGAUGGUAAGGCCGGUGGUAAGGGCGUGUUGGAUGUCUUCCCUGCCCCGCUAGGCUCUCAGGACACAGCCAGCAGUGUGACUGGCUCAGGCGGAAGUGGGCCCCCAGUCUCAGUGCCCCCCAAAGGGGGUCCUCUGGACACCAAGCCAAAGCCCACAGAUGGCUGGCGUGCCCCCGGGGUCCUGGAGAAGCCUGUGCACCUGCCACGGCAAGGACACGCAGGGGCGAGUGAGCCUGUGGAGCAGAAACUGCCCACUCCUGGUGAAAAGCUAAACCUGUCUCCAAAGCACCCCAAACCAUCCACUGUGAAAGAUGGCCCCCCGCCGUGCAGACAGACAGACAAGAGCCCUAGUCCACUGGCUGCCAGCGCAGACAGGAAGGCUGAAGGGAAGAGAUGCACGGAAGCACUUUACGCCCCAGCUGCGGAGAGUGGGAAGGCGGAGGCCGGUCUGGCCCCGGCCCCCGGGGAGGCCCGGCCAAAGGGCGCGGAGAGGCCCGUGGCCGCUGUGGGGAAGGGCCUGCCGGAGGCCGCCAAGAGCAGAGCGCCCGGUCCGCAGAAGCCCCCGGCGGAGGCAGGCAGGCUUGGCGGCAUGAAACGGUCGCCCUCGGCCAUCGGGCAGAGCUCUUUUCGGUCCGCGGCCGGCCCCGAGAAGUCUCUGAGCUCCUCCUGCAGCUUUCCCGAAGCCAGGCCCGGAGCUCGAGAGGCCGCAGCCACCGGCAGUGACCCCUUUUCUGCCAAAGCCAAUGGGGCCGCGUCCGAGACCGCGGUCCCCGGCCCCAGGGACCACCGCAAGCCGCUGCCCGCGGGCGCUGGUGGGACGCACAUGACCAAGAGCGACUCGCUGCCGUCCUUCAGGAGCUCCGCCGUCACCCCGGAGCCGCACCACCCCAGCCCGAGCGUGGCGGGGGCAGCCGGCGCCCGGGACAGGGCGCUCUCGGUCUCCGUCUCCGUCUCCGUCUCCGUCUCCGUCCCCGCCAGCGCGGGCGAAACCAAAGGGAGGGAGCCCGCCCCGGCCCAGCCGCCUCCGGCCAGGAAACAGAGUGUGGGCCGGGAGGUGGCCAAGCUGUGCCCUGCGCCCAGCAGCGAGCGCCCCCUCGCCCUUUCUUCCGAGAAGGACUUUGUGGUCCGGCAGAGGCGGGGGAAAGAGAGUUUGCGGAGCAGCCCUCACAAAAAGGCCUCCUAAUGGGGCCAGGCCCCGGGCGGCCCUGGGGACACGCAGCCUGAAUGUGUGACUGGGUCUGGACGACCUUCCGAAACCAGCACUGUGGGGACAGCGCCGAGCGGAGCCUGCAGCCACGCCGAAGAAGGGGAAAGAGCAAGAAGACAUAGAAAGAAAGAGGGGACCUUCUUCCAAAUGCCUUCCCAAUGGUAACCGGUAAAAAUGUCACCAGAUAGUGUUUGUGCAAGGAAAUGGAAAUACCUUUAUAGUUGAGGGUUGUUGAGGAAAAAGAUUUUCUCUGUAAAUAUCUGGCAAUGUGUUUGGUUUGGGAUGUAGAAUCGUUACCUUGCUGCUGAUUGCGUCAUUUACUACAACUUUUUUUUUU